AUGAUGGCCGAUGUGACCAACGGAAACAGCGCCAUUCUGGACGAGAAGCUGUCGCGCCUGUCUAAGAAGCCCGGCGUCAAGGCCAGCAUCGUCAUUGAUCGGGCGAGCGGAUCGAUUCUCAAGACGAGCGGCGAUGUCUCGGUGUUAGGAACGACACAGUCGCGGACGGCGUCGACGGCGGCAUCCUUUUCAAAUGAGCCGGCCGCGGCCGAGGAAAGCACUUCGAAAGGCAUCGAUGACUUUGCGGCCAUGAUCUGGAAAUUUGUCAACAACUCGGGCGCUAUGGUGGAGGAAAUGGACAAGGAUGACGAACUGCGACUACUACGACUACGAACCAGAAAGCACGAGAUCGUCAUUGUGCUGGACCCGAGAUACCUGUUGACAGUCAUUCAUGAUACCCCGUCCUCUUGA